AUGUUAUCAUCAUUCUCUAGAAAGUUGGUGACUCCAACUUCCUCAUUAUUGAGAUUCAACAAUGGUAUUCGUAUGUCUACUUCAUUGGCAAACAUUGGAACUAGAUCAUAUCAUACAGAUAAAUUGAUGCAUAUUAUCGAUGGAUCAGUCGAUAAGAACUCAGUAGAGUUCAAAGAAAACAUGACUAGAAUGAAUGAGAGCAUCGAACAACUCAAUAAGAACAUCGAUAAAAUCAAGUUGGGUGGUGGUCCAAAACUGAAUGAACGUCAUGUCUCAAGAGGAAAGAUGUUGGCUCGUCAACGUAUCGAUUCACUCAUUGAUCCAGGUUCACCAUUUUUGGAAUUUUCACAAUUAGCAGGAUUCAAUAUGUAUGGAGAAGAUGUACCAGCCGGUGGUAUCAUUACAGGUAUCGGUAGAGUGGAAGGACAGGAAUGUAUUAUCGUUGCGAACGACUCGACUGUCAAGGGAGGUACCUACUUCCCAAUCACUGUAAAGAAGCAUUUGCGUGCACAAGAGAUUGCCCAAGAGAACAAUUUGCCAUGCAUCUACUUGGUCGACUCUGGAGGUGCCAAUCUACCGCGUCAGGCCGACGUAUUCCCCGAUCGUGAUCACUUUGGAAGAAUCUUUUUCAAUCAGGCAAACAUGUCUGCCAAGCGUAUCCCCCAGAUCGCCGUCGUCAUGGGUUCUUGCACAGCCGGUGGUGCCUACGUGCCAGCGAUGGCCGACGAAUCCGUAAUCGUCAAAUCGACUGGAACCAUCUUUUUGGGUGGUCCACCACUGGUCAAAGCGGCCACCGGUGAAGUCGUCACCGCCGAGGAACUCGGAGGAGCCGAUCUCCACUGUCGUACCUCCGGUGUAACCGACCACUACGCGCGUAACGACCAAGAAGCGCUCGCUAUCACUCGUCGUAUCGUCUCGAAUCUCAACCGUAAGAAACAACCGUCGGUCGUCAUCAAGCCCGUCGAGGAGCCAUUGUUCCCGGCUUCCGAACUCUCGGGUAUCGUUCCAUCCGACUUGAGAAAGACAUUCGAUGUUCGUAAGGUGAUUUCGCGUAUUGUCGACGGAAGUCGUUUCGACGAAUUCAAAGAGCUCUACGGUACGACGCUGGUGACCGGUUUCGCACACAUCCACGGUAUGCCCGUUGGUAUUAUCGCGAACAACGGUAUCUUGUUCAGUGAGUCCGCAGUGAAAGGUGCACAUUUCAUCGAGUUGUGCAAUCAGCGUGGUAUCCCAUUGUUGUUCCUCCAGAACAUCACCGGUUUCAUGGUAGGAAAGUCGUAUGAGGCUCGUGGUAUCGCCAAGGACGGUGCCAAGAUGGUUAUGGCAGUGGCAACCGCACGUGUACCAAAGAUCACCGUUAUCAUCGGAGGUAGUUUCGGUGCCGGUAACUAUGGUAUGUGCGGUCGUUCGUACAGUCCACGUUUCAUGUACAUGUGGCCAAACGCCAGAAUCUCUGUGAUGGGUGGUGAGCAAGCUGCCUCUGUUUUGGCACAGAUCCAGAAGGACAACAUGGCAAAGGAAGGUAAGCAAUGGGCACCCGAGGAGGAAGCAGCCUUCAAGAAGCCAAUCUCUGACAAGUACGAAGUCGAAGGAUCGCCAUACUACUCGUCGGCACGUUGCUGGGACGACGGUGUCAUCAACCCAGUCGAUACACGUCAAGUCGUAGCACUCAGUUUGAGCGCAUGUUUGAAUCAACCAAUAAAUCCACCAUCUGAUGGUUUCGGUGUAUUCCGUAUGUAA